AUGGCAGACCGUUCGACUCCGCCGCUGCAAACAGGCGGCUCAAAACCCGGUGAGCUCCCGCGCGCACCGCUGACGCCGGAGCAGUUGCGGAAAAUUGAAAUAAACCGCAUGAAAGCAAAAGCCAUACGGGAGCAACGGGAGGCGGAGGCUCGGACAUCGGCUGAGGUUAGUGGUGCCGCGCAAUCUACGAAAGGAGGGGUUAAGCGGUCCUAUUCCUCCAUGACGGCUGAGACGCCUGCUACGGUUCGAGAUGCGACUUCGGCGGCCCGUCCGCUUGAUUCAAUCAAGCCUGCGCGGAGCUUUACGAAAUAUGUUGAGUAUGACUUUAGUAAGAUGACGGAUACGAAGGGAGGGUUUUUGACGGAGGAGGAUGAUCCCUUUAAUAAGGCGCUGCAUGUGAAAGAUGGAAAGGAGGAACAAAAACCGGCCAAUAUGACGCAGAAGGAAUGGGAGAGACAGCAGUUGCUCGACUCUCUUCGUCGAAAUCGGACUGGUCCUUUUGAACCAGCCCUCAGCGUGUUGGAUGACAAAAACAAGCAGAAGAAAUGUCGUGAGUGUGGAAGUCUGGAGAUUGAUUGGAAGUGGGAGCAGGAUCUUCGGUGUUGCGUAUGCCACGCCUGUAAGGAGAAGUUCCCGGAAAAGUACAGUCUUCUCACGAAGACGGAAGCAAAGGAGGAUUAUCUUUUGACAGAUCCCGAACUCAAAGACGAAGAGCUUCUGCCCCAUCUUGAAAAACCCAACCCUCAUAAGUCAACCUGGAACAACAUGAUGCUUUACCUUCGCUAUCAGGUUGAGGAAUAUGCCUUUUCGGCGAAGAAGUGGGGCUCUGCUGAAGCACUAGAUGCCGAGUUUGAGCGACGCGAGAAUGAGAAGAAGCGACGGCGAGAGGCCAAGUUCAAGUCAAAACUACAAGAUUUGAAGAAGCGCACCCGCGUCGAUGCCUAUCGCCGUAACCGUCAGGGAGCGGCUGGGGGAAGCUUCGGUGAUGACCUGGGCAAUGGUGGAAGACAUGUGCACCAAUGGGGUCGGUCAAUUGAGAAUCCAGACACUGGAAUCGGAGUCAAGAAGUGUGUGGAUUGUGGGAUGGAAGUGGAGGAGUUAGAGUUCUAG